AUGGCGCUCUUCGCGCCGUAUCGCGCGCUCGGCCUCGUGAACGCGCAGCGAGGAUGCGCGCUCGUCGUCAAGCGGCGCGGGACGGAGACGUUCGUCACGGUGAGCGCGGAGGACGCGUUCGCGGUGUACGACGCGCGAAAACUCACAUUGGUCUUUCGAAGCGCGCGGUUCGCGACGAGCGACGCGCGAGGGAUCGGGGCGAUGGCGGUGAGGAAGGAUUACACGUUUUGCGCGAUCGGACGGGAGAUAAGGUGCGCGAAACGAUUGGCGGAGUGCUGCGAAGGACUGGGGCGGGACGACGGCUCGGGACACGACGCGCGGGUGACGACGCUGCACGCGUUCGGACGACACUUGGCGAGCGUGGACGAAAAUGGGGCGGUGAAGAUGUGGGACAUCGAUGAUGACGCCAUGCGGGCGCGCGAGCGGGCGUGGGCGCUCGGCGCGCGAGCGAUGGAGAUGCCUCGGACGUUCGCGGCGACGACGGUGUGUCAUCCCGAUGGAUACGUGGAUAAGUUACUGUUUGGCUCGAGCGAUGGGCGAUUGGCGCUGAUGAACGUGCGAGCGGGUAAAUUGGUGCACGAAUUUGCGGGCUGGGGGUCGGCGGUGACGGCGCUGGAGAACUCGCCGGCGACGGAUGUCGUCGCCGUCGGUUUGGCGGAUGGGCGCGUGCUUUUGGUGAACGUAUUAGAAGAUAAAGUUUUGUUUACGCUCACGCCCGAGCGUGGGGUAAAGGUGACGGCGCUGGCGUUUAGAACGGAUGAUCAGGACGACGUGCUGUGCGUCGGCGACGAAACGGGACGCGUGACGGUUUGGGAUUUGGAAAAGCGCUCGUUGCGCACGCUCAUCGUGCAAUGUCACGAAGGUCCGGUGGUUUCGUUGAAAUUUCUCGAUGGACAACCGGUGAUGGUGUCGAGUGGGUUCGAUAACACGUUGAAGGAGUGGAUUUUUGAUAGAGAAGACGGCGACGCUCGACUCUUGCGCUUUCGCGCCGGACACUCCAAGCCGCCGACGAGCGUGUCGUUCUACGGUGAAGGCAAGAAACUUUUAGCGGCUGGGAGCGAUCGAACGUUGCGAUUUUUUCACGCGUUUCGUGAUCAGCAAAACAUCGAGUUGAGCCAAAAGAAUGUCAGCAAGCGCGCGAAGAAAAUCGGCGUCGCGGAGGAAGAGUUGAAACUUUCUCCGGUUACGAAGAUGGCGUGGGGCGAGCUUCGCGAGCGCGAUUGGGCAAACGUCGUCACCGCGCACGAAGGUUCAAACAAGGCGUACACGUGGCGUAUUUCCAAAGGUGCGCUCGGUGAACACAUUUUGCAAUGUCCGAAGGACGACGGCAAGUGCGAAGUCAAGUCGGUUGCGAUUAGCGCGUGCGGCAACUUUGCCUUUCUCGGUGCCGCAAACGGGGCGAUCCAUCGAUUCAACUUGCAAUCGGGCGCGCAUCGUGGCGCGUUCGAGCGCGGAAAAUUGCGCGUUGCCGCGCACGACGGUGAAGUGACGUGCAUACAAGCACACUGCGCGAAUAGAAGCGUCGUCACCGCGGGUGUCGACGGGAUGAUUCGCGUGUGGAAAUUUAGCGAGUUGAAGAUUGACUUGGAAAUCGACGUCGGGUGCGGCGUGCGGUGCGGUCACUUGCACGAGGACUCAUUGCUCGUCGUUGGAUGCGCUGAUAAGCACGUGCGCGUAUACGAUACCAUGACGGGUAAACGUGUUCGCACGUUCAAGCCACGCGGUCAGGAAAAUGAGGCUGGAGAUAUCACGAGCGUGCAAAUCAGUGAAAACGGUAAAUGGAUCUUCGUCCUCGACACCACCGGAACGAUACGAGUGUACGAUAUUCCCGCCGCGAGAUUGAUUCAACACAUGAUUCUCGGUGCGGAUAAAGUCACCGCCAUGAGCUUUUCACCGCGAAUGGACUUUUUAGCCACCGUGCACGAGAACAGGGUCGGGUUGUAUUUGUGGGUGAACAUGCCGAUGUUUGAUUACGACACCAAAUUGGCGUACGGGCGCAAAGUUUCCAUCGCACUUCCGAGAAAACACGCGGAAUCCGACGCAGACGGCGGCCAUCGCAAUUUGCAAGAGUUGGAAGAAUAUUUCAAAGAAAUGGCCACCGGCCCGAAACAAAUAGCCCCUGGCAUGAUUACUCUGGCGAUGAUGCCUCAGACGCAAAUCGAAAUGCUACUGAAUCUGGAGACGGUGCAAGCGAAGAGUAAGGUGAAGACCGAUGACAAAGAACCGGAAUUGGCGCCGUUCUUUCUGCCCACAGCCGCCGCGAGCGACGACGUGCGUCGAUCUGUCUUCGAUCCCGCGCGAGAAUCCGAGCUCAACGCCAAAGACGACACCGGCGAUGAUGAUUCCAAAGCACCGAAGAGUCGAAUUUUGCGUCAAGGCGCGGAUCUCGCCGGCGCGUCCGCGACGCCGCUCUUGACGUUGAUUCUUCGAGGAGAACGAUCGGAGGACUACACCGAAGCGCUCGAAUUCUUGAAGAAUGCGUCGAUACACGUCGUCGACGCCGAGCUGCGAUCGCUCGGACCUUGGGAUCACAAGUUCAUGUCCGAGGACGACGUGAAAACUUUGCGGAGCGCCAUCAAAUUUUUCACCGCCGCAAUCGCGAGCGGCAUGUACUACGAGAUGGUCAACGCCCAACUCAACGUGUUUCUCAACGUGCACACCACCGCGAUCAUGCAAUCCAGCGCGCUCGUCGACGAGUGUCACGCCCUGCGAGAGGCCAUGCACAAAUCCUACAGCAGGAUCGACGAUUUGUUCAACGAAAUUCGGUGCACGCUCAGUUUCCACAUCGGCGACGCCGGCGUCUAG